AUGAUGUCAAUAAGAGCUUUGAAUGACGAUCAUCUAUCUUUUGUAGAAGAACUCAUGUCGCUGGUGUGCCUACACUUGCUGUUUUUUACUGUUAUACUUUAUGCGAACUUAUUCAGCGCCGGCUCAAUGAAACUUGGCGUCUCAGGCAAAAGGCAAAAUUUGGCGCCCUAGGCUAAACACUUGAGCUUGGCGUUGUAGGCAAAAUGUUGGAACUUGGUGCCCUAGGCAAAACACUUGAUCCUGCUAAUAUGGACGGGCCACCCUAAGCUUAUCAAGCACGGGCGUGUAAUAACGCUCAAUAGCUGACAUACGCAAAUAUCUAGUCUAGCCAUAAAUUCUGUAAUUGGCUGUUUACAAAAAACAUUUAUUCGAAUUUCGAAUGAUAGCGAAGCUUCUACGAUAAAAAAAUAGACUUCUUUCCCGCCAUUAUUGUAUGUUUUUUGUUCAGAAAUUAUUUGUUUUGAAAAUGGAAAAUCCCAUGAGGAAGCAGAAAAUCCUUUCCAGAGAAAUGAGACUCCCACUGAGGACACUUUCUCGGAUUAUCAAACAAGACUUAGGUCUAGGGGUUUACCGAAAAUACACAGGACAUACCUUAAAUCAGGCACUAAAACAAAAGAGAGUCGAAAUAUCAAAACAGAUGUUACUUCGAUACGCGGACGAAAAACGCAGAAAAAUUCUCUUUACCGAUGAAACAUUUUUUACAUUCGAGGAGCACUACAAUAAACAAAAUGAUCGAGUGUAUGCACACAGCUAUCAUCUAUCUCACGUUUGGCUCACCCGAUUUUGACGCGGUUUUCAGAAAAGUAUUUUUAGUGUUGCCUAUCAUAUAAAAUAAUCUCACUAAUAAAAUCAAUAUCACUAAUAAGCAUGAAAUAAAACCUUUAAAAAAUUUGAGAUAAGUAUUAUUUUUCACUUUUUUAAGUUUGGAAACGGUUCAAUUUUUUAUUUUAAAUGUGAAUAACUUUUAAAAACGCAGUUUAACAGGUCUACAUUAUUUAGUCUAGCCUGUAUAAUUUAAUUGCUACCAUCAUCUUAUUAUAAAUAAAUAGCUAAGUUUUAAAAAAUCCACUUUGUCCUUGGCACUCUGAGAUGAGACUCGAACCCACGACCUUUCACAAUCCGGGCGACUGCUUUAACCACUGAGCUAUCCAGGACCUACAUUUUUUAAGCAUUUUUCAUUAGGAAUAUUUUUCAGUCAGUAUUUUGAAUGCAAAAUUGAUCAAAUAUAUAAUAAAUAGGUAUUUGUUAAAAGAAAUUUAAUUACACAAAUCUCAUUCUAGGGCUCAAGUUCAUGAAGAGGAAGAUGAGACUUUAAGGUCUUAUAUUUUAAAAGAACAACUAGAGAAGUUCUCACAAACAUGUAGUGAUGCCAAUAUAACAGUAGAAGUUCUAGAUCGUACCAUGGAGUAUAAUGACAUUGUUCUAAUGAAGAUCACUGAAAAAAAGAGUGAUUUUGAGAGGCAUUUCAGAGCCGACGAUAAUAAAUAUGCCGAUGAUGUACCAGAAAAAAAGAUAGUAUUUAUUGUACAUGCGCUCAGCGUGAUGGGAUUAAAGGAUGAUUCAUGCUUAAAGAAUAUCACUCAGUUUAAGAAACUGUUGUCAUAUUAUUUUGUACAUUUGGACAAGUUUGACAUAUUUCUAAUACCGAUGGCCAAUCCUGAUGGCUUUAUGCAAACUUUUGUGAACGUAUAUGCCAACAAGAACAUGUCACCACAGUCAGCUUGUUCUGGCGUUGCCUUAGACAGAAACUUCGACGUAGCUUGGAACGACUCGACGUCGAUCAGCUCCUGCAGUCCACAAUACCCAGGACCUAGGCCGUUCUCGGAACCCGAAUCAAGAGCCAUCAGAGACGUUUUACAUCGUUAUAGUCAUAAGCUCUUGGCCUAUAUUCAUGUCCACGCUGGAUCUUACAACCACGAAAUUUUUAAGGGUCAUGCUGUGUUGUAUCCAAAGGGAUACACGGACGUUCAGAGUGACGACGACAAAUAUAUCGAUUUGAGGGGAGAAAUAGAUGAAGCCAUGAAGAACGCUAGCUUUCAUGUAAUGUCCGUAGCCGUGGACACCCUUUACAACUGGUACGGUAAAGUGAGCGGCACCAGCGUGGACUACGCUUCAACGAUUUAUGGAAUACCGUAUGCUUUGGAAUUCGUGAUGCAGCCCUACGAAACAAUAUAUUUGGAAACGGCUGCCCUUGAGCAGAUAUGGAAGCGGAUAAUAGAUGUGACAUUCAAUAACAUAUUUCGUUCUAUGGAAAAUUUUGAAUUUAAAUGA